CCGGUAAAUAGAGUAAACAUUUUACACUUGAAACAGUUGCGAGUAAUAUUUUUUAUAAUUGCCGCCGGAAAAAUCAAAUGGCUCCCUCCGCUGCCUUCACACGGCGGCUGGCAGCCUCUUCCUCCGCUUUCCGAUUUCCUCUGCUGGUCCGUCAAUUGCGCUCGGACGCCACUCUGGAAGCAAUACGGAAGGCGCCGCAGAACAAAAUCCCCAACUUGGUGCUGUACAACUACCCCUCAUUCUCCGGCGCAUUUGGAGCGCUUUUCGCGCACCUCUACCACUCUCGACUCAACCUCCCUUGCUUCAUAUUGCCUUUCUCCUCCGUUGCGCCCUUCAGGGUCAUUGGUUUUGAUCACCGGAAAUCAGUGCUUUCCCAAAUUUCUUCAGGGGAAGAUUCUGAUCCGAAUAUUUCAUUUCAUGUAAAUAUUGAGAAGAGUAGCUCCACUACUGUGUAUGAAUAUUUCUCUGCUAAACUCUCAGAUACUAUAUCUGAUCAGAUUGAUAAUAUCAGCCUGCUAAACCAUGAUGACCAAGAACGCAUGGAGAUGAUUCUCAAAUAUGUUGAAGCUGGAGAUCUACGGCAAUGGAAUUUACCCAACAUUAAAGCCUUUUAUAUUGGACUAAGAGAAUUUCGAUCGAAAUUAAACUGCAUCACUAACCCACUCAUGUAUCAACAGUUAACAGAGAUUUGCUCUGAAGGCUUUAUCAUCAAGGGAAACACCUAUCUUUCUAAUCGACCAACAGAAGCAAGUAAACUGCUGAAUAAAGUGUUCAGGAUUAAGUUGGGCCGAGGCUUUUAUGGUGAAUGUCUGGCGAUUAGAGCUGAUGGGAAUUCAGAUUUCAGUGAUGAAAUGGGCAAGGAACUUAGCCAAAUGAGUGCAGCAGCUGGGCUAAGGCCUAUUGGAGCAGUCCUUUACAUGCAGAGGAACAAUCUAAAAAUGUCCCUGAGAACUAUAGACAGCGGUACCGAUACAUCUGAAAUUGCUAUGGCAUACGGUGGUGGUGGUUUCCCAAGUUCCAGCUCCUUUAUUAUUCGUAUGGAUGAGUAUAACCAGUGGCGUUCAGCACUGCCAUUGCCAAUAAGAUAUUGCCAUCAGCUAUAAGGAAGUUCGUUGGGACUUACUUUGUUAUUAGCUCGGCUUACUCUCUGAAGUUACUUCCAUGAUUUCAUUGACUAGUGUCGAUCUAAUGGUUUUAUGCCUUAGGGGUUCCAUGUGAUCACUUUUAAAACUAAAACUUUCUAACACAGAAAGGUUGUAAGGCUCCGUUUGGUACACGGAAUUGGAAUUGGAAUUGGAAUUGGAAUUGAAUUGAAUUGGAAGAAAUUGAAUUCUAAUUCAAUUCCAAAUCCUAUGUUUGGUAAAGUGAAGUAAUUGAUAUGAAAUUGAAUUUGAUUAAUU